AUGUCAAAUAAAUUUCACUGCGACAUCUGUUCCGCUGAUUGUACCAAUCGAGUAAGAAUAUCGUGUGCGGAAUGUCCCGAGUACGAUUUAUGUGUGCCUUGCUUUUCACAAGGUUUAUACAAUGGCAACCACAGACCUUUCCAUCCAUAUAGAAUAAUUGAAACAAACUCAUAUCCUAUCCUAAGUGAAGAUUGGGGGGCCGAUGAAGAACUUGCAUUGGUCAAAGGGGCCCAAACUCUGGGUUUAGGUAAUUGGCAAGACAUUGCUGACCACAUCGGAAGUAGGGGCAAAGAGGAAGUCAAUGAGCAUUAUGUGCAGUACUAUAUAAAUAGUGAAUACUACCCAAUUCCUGAUAUUACUAAAAAUAUAGAAGUGCAGCAAGAUCAAUUUCUAGAGGAUAGAAAAACUAGAAUUGAGAGGUUCAGAGAGAAGCCUUUAGAUCCCCCAAGGAAACCUGUUGCAUCGGUACCAAGUUGUCAUGAAGUUCAAGGGUUUAUGCCUGGUAGAUUAGAAUUCGAAACUGAAUUCGAAAAUGAAGCGGAAGGUCCUGUAAAAGAUAUGUUAUUUGAAGCAGAUGACCAACCUCUGGAUAUCGAGUUGAAGUUAACAAUAUUGGAUAUUUAUAAUUCAAGAUUAACUACAAGGGCAGAAAAGAAAAGAUUACUUUUCGAAAAUAAAUUGAUGGACUAUAGAAGACUUCAGAGCAUAGAUAAAAGAAGAUCAAAACAAUCAAAAGAAUUAUCAAAUAGAGUUAAACAUUAUGCUAAAUUAAUGACAGCCCAAGACUUUGAAGAAUUUAGCAAAGAUUUAUUAGAAGAAUUAAGAUGUAGAUCAAGGAUUAAACAACUACAAGACUGGAGAAGCAAUGGUAUCACCACAUUAGAUGCAGGUGCAAAGUUUGAAAGAGAUAAACAAAUUAGAAUAGCUACAUUAGAAAAAUUCGGAAAUUCACAUUAUCCUGGCGGUAAUAGUGGAAUUAAUGGGAAUGCUUCUGGUAGAUACAGGUCAACUCCGAACCACAGAUCCAGUGCAGAUUAUUCGCAGAACUACAACGAAGGUUCAGCUACUGCAGGUGGUGCGACACCAAACACUACAGCUAAUGGUAGAAGGAAAAAUAUGACAAUUAGUGAUAUUCAACACGGCUCCGAUUAUGGAUUAUUAUCACCAGAUGAACAACAACUUUGUGUUCAAUUAAAAAUCCUACCAAAGCCUUACUUAGCAAUUAAGGAAGUAAUCUUUAGAGAGUUGUUAAAAAAUGGUGGUAAUUUAAAGAAAAAAUCUUGCAGAGAAUUACUAAAUAUCGAAGCUGCUAAGGCAAAUAGAAUUUAUGAUUUCUUUCAAACCCAGAAUUGGAUAUAG